AUGUCGAUCGACGGGCUCCGUCGCGAUGCUCUCAGCAUGCAGGGUCAAUCUCACCAUAUAGCAUUGAUCGAACCUCCUACCAUUGCCAAGAUCUUUGAAACCUUUUUCGCGGCCGCUAUGGUCAGAAUCGAGGAGUUACACAUUAGAGCAGGUCCUGGAAGGUUUUGGUAG